AUGGACUCCCCCAUCGUGGCCCAGCUCUUCCGGAAGCUCUUCCAUAACCGUCCUGCAGGAUGUCAAGCGCGAGCACGUCAAUUGCGCCGGGGACUCGCUGCGGCAACGGCAACCCCGGGCACGUACCGGCACCAGCAGACCGCGUCGUACGCCACGCGAGCCUCACGCGACCGCGGCAUGAAGUCGAAUGAAAGCCGAUGGCAGCAGAGAACAAAUCUCCUGCCCGAAGACAGACGGGACGAGUUUGCGCAGUACCCUUACGUUUCCGCGUCGGAGCUGAAGCGGCGCAAGGAACGGCCAAGAAAGGUCAAGAUGGUCCUCCGCGACUUUAUCGAGGACAGCCUGUACAAUCCCUCGUACGGCUACUUCUCCAAGCAGGCCGUCAUCUUCUCCCCCGGCGAACCCUUCGACUUCGCCAGCCUCCGCGACGACCUCGCCUUCCAGUCGGAGCUGGGCCGCCGCUACACCUCGUUCGAAGACCACCUCGACGACACCGAGGGCGAGAACCCAACCCGCCAGCUGUGGCACACGCCCACGGAGCUCUUCCGCCCGUACUACGGCGAGGCCGUUGCGCGCUACCUCGUCACCAACUACCGCCUCACGACUUACCCCUACGACGACCUGCUCAUCUACGAAAUGGGCGCCGGCAGAGGCACCCUCAUGCUCAACAUCCUCGACUACAUCCGCGAGGUGGAUCCGCAAGUGUACGCCCGCACGCGGUACAACAUCAUCGAGAUAUCCGCCAGCCUCGCCUCCCUCCAGACCAGGCGCCUCUUGUCGACGGCCGAGUCGCGCGGCCACCAGGACAAGGUGGACAUUGUGAAUCGCUCCGUCUUCGAAUGGGACCAGUACGUCCCCUCGCCGUGCUUCUUCCUCGCCAUGGAGGUCUUUGACAACUUCUCCCACGACUGCAUCCGGUACGACGUCGCCACCGAGGAGCCGCUCCAGGGCCACGUGCUCAUCGACGGCGACGGCGACUUCUACGAGUUCUACGUCCACGACCUCGACCCCCUGGCCGCGCGCUUCUUCCGGGUCCGCCACGCCGCCACGGGGGGCGACUACCCGCGCCCGUACGCCACGAACCCUGCCCUCAGGUGGCUGUCCGGCAAGAUGCCCUUUGCCGCCAACCUCUCCCGGGCCGAGUACAUCCCCACCCGGCUGAUGCAGUUCCUCGACGUGCUGGAGGAGUACUUCCCGGCCCACAAGCUGCUCGCCUCGGACUUCAACUCCCUGCCCCAGGCCGUGAGGGGGCUCAACGCCCCCGUCGUGCAGACGAGGUAUCAUCGGAGAAUGGUGCCCGUCACGACGCCACUGGUCCACCAGGGCUACUUUGACAUCUUGUUCCCCACAGACUUUCGCAUCGCAGAGGCCAUGUACCGCGCCAUCACGGGCAAGCUCACACGCGUCAUGGCACACGGCGACUUCAUGCGUCGCUGGGCAUACGUCGAGGACACGGAGACGAGCAGCGGCGAGAACCCCCUCCUGACGUACUACAGGAAUGCCAGUGUCCUCGUCACCGUCUAG